GAGGCAGAGAGAGAGAGGCAGAGAGAGAGCGGGAGAGGCAGAGAGAGCGAGAAAGGCAGAGAGAGAGAGGCAGAGAGCGAGAGAGAGAGAGAGAGAGACCGAUAGAGACAGGGAGAGAAAAGGAGCCUGCUAUGUAUCAAGUGUAGCUGUCAGCGCGGUCUCGCAUGGGGCUGCUCUCUGUCACACUCUCUGGGUGAGCCCGGGAAACCACCUCUCUCUCAUCCAUUACUUCACCAGGAAACCACCUCUCUCUCAUCCAUUACUUCCACCGGGAUGGACACCAACAACAGAUCGAUGGAGGUCCUGGUGACGGAGCUCAACUUUCUGCUGAAGCUGCUGGACCACGAGACUCUGAGCUCUCCUACUGAGGAGAAGAAGACCUCUGUUAGGAACCUGCUGAAACAACUACAGCCCACAGUGACAGGACCAGACUACUUGUACAUGAACACGUCAGUCUACAGACACGGCACCGGCUUUGUGGAAUCCCUCUUCGAGACCUUUGACUGUGACAUGGGGGAGCUGAAGGACAUGACAGAGGACCAGAAACAGAAGCAGGACACACACACUGACACACACAGACACAACACAACACCCUUAAAACAGAGCUGUCCAAACUCCUCUCCCCCCCACUCAUCAGAGACCCCUCCGCCCCUGCCUACCACCCCCCAUCCUGAGGCUUACUAUGAAGAGGCAGUACCUCUCAGCCCUGGCAAGCAGCCAGAGUACAUCACCACCCGCGGUAGCUCCAGCCCACCUAACUCCAUAGAGGAUGGUUACUAUGAGGAUGCAGACAACAACUCCCCUUCUACCUGCAUCAACGGACGACAACACCAUAACUCCUACAAUGACUCUGAUGCUCUAAGUAGUUCCUAUGAGUCGUAUGAGGAAGAUGAAGAGGAAAGAGGAGCAGGGCCUGGGUCCAGGCUGACCCACCAGUGGCCUAGUGAUGAGAGCUCCAUGCUCCCUGCCAGGGACUGUAGGAUCUGUGCCUUCCUGCUGCGAAAGAAACGCUUCGGACAGUGGGCUAAGCAACUGACUGUCAUACGGGACAACAGGCUACAGUGCUAUAAGAGUUCUAAGGACGUGUCCCCAUAUUUUGACCUGCCCCUGCUCCAGUGCACUGUGGUCUACGCCCCUAAAGACGGACGCAGGAAGAGACAUGAGCUGAGGUUCACUCCACCCAGUGGAGAGGCUCUGGUCUUGGCUGUGCAGAGCAGGGAGCAGGCACACAGGUGGCUCAGGGUGGUCCAUAAAGUGAGUCAGGUAAAAGGACCAGAAGAGCCCACUUCUCCAAUGAUGCCCAGAAAGACUGAGCUGGACAAGCGGCUGUCUGGUGAGAAGACUAUGGCAGACCCAGCGAGUGUGGGAGUGUCUACAGGAGAGAACAACAGGGACAACAGAGAGAAGGGUAAGGUGAAGCGGGGGGCUCUAGCAGCAGGUCGUAAGAUAACACGUAUCAUCAGUUUCUCCAAGAGGAAGCACCUCCUACCUGGCGACGCACGCCCCCCCUCCCCAGACCCUCGACGAGGCUACCUGUCUGUGUUGGUGAGCCAGGUAUGGCAGGACCAGUGGUGUUGUGUGCGUGAGGGUUUUCUCUACUUCCACCCUGACAGAGGAGACCCCCGGGCCUCCCUGGCCCCUCUACCCCUCCAUGGGUGUGAAGUGUUCCCAGGACUGGGCACCAAACACCUCUUCACCCUCAGGAUACUGAAGGGAGGCACAGAGGUGGCUGCAUUGGAGGCGUGUAGUUCUGAGGAGUUGGGGCGAUGGCUGGGUGUUCUGCUGGCAGAGACAGGUACAGCCACAGAUCCAGAGUCACUACACUACGACUAUGUUGAUGUGGAAACCACCGCUAAAAUCAGAGAUGCCGCGCGACACUCUUUCCUGUGGGCCACAUCUUCUAGUAGCACUUCCACUGACUCCAGGAUGUAUGACGAGGUUCCCUAUGAGGGAGAGCAGCCUGAGGAAGAUACCGGACCAAAGCAGAGGUCCAGUUUCUCCACUAAAUACUCUGCUAUGACCAGACCUGGUCUGUCCCUGAAACACACAGGCUCCAGUCUGACCUUUCACCUCCCCCCAGACGCCAAUCAAUAUGGCCUCUAUGGGAAAACACGAGCGGAGGAGGACGCUAAACACUACUUGAAAGAGAAAGAAGAGCUGGAGAGAGAGAGGGAUAGAAUACGGAACACUCUGCUGACACUGAGACAAGAGAGGAGAGAGGUGAAGGAGAGGUUGAAGACUGCCUCAGAGGAGCAGAGGGGCGCCCUGAGUGAACGUGUGUCCCAGCUAGAGAAGGCUUGCCGUGGGAAGGAGAGUGAGAGGGUGGACCUGGAGCUCUGUCUCACCCAGGUUAAAGACAACCUGCAGAAGAGUCUAGCAGGAGGAGCUCUGGGGGCACCUGGGGAGAGCAAACCCUCCAGCAAGGUCUAUAGCAGACCCUACUGCUCUGGAUCUAUACCAGUCAGCUGUAAGAAACCUCCUGUCUACUCUUCCUUUAAAGGAACAGUCAUGCAGAAAGCCAAGGAAUGGGAGUCGAAGAAAUGCGCUUAGGGCAUAUGGAUGUUAAAGCAAGAUUGGAGAUGAUUGGAGGCAUAUCAGAGAGAGGAUGUGUUGUUCAGAUGUUUGUAGAGAUAUGGACGAAAUGGACAGGUAUUCAGGAUAUUGUGCCAGUGUACAGAAAGGAUAUUCAUUUACCUUGAUAAACGACAGAGAAAGGGACAUUGAGAGAUGUAAGAAUGUUCCAUAGAACAGGAAUGGAAGACAAUGGACAUGGAAGGAAAACUCAGUGAUUUACUGUAUGUGAUGGGCUUUAAAGGGAUACUUCCAGAUUUUGGCAGUUUAGCCACUUCCUAGGUCCAUGCUACGGUAACUUCUCCUGUAGACUUACAGUUAUUUCACUAAAGUUAGUUAACAAGGGCUCCAGAACCUACCUUCAACUUCCUUCAAACUACACACAGAGACAUACAAAUGGUAUCCAUGAGUUCAUCUGACUUUGGGGAAGUAGAUAAAAGUACUUAAACCUUUACUGAAGUGGGCUAAAUCAGGGUCCCACAGAGUGUUUCUUGGUAGUCUUAAACAAAUCUACUUUGAAACAAAAGUAUACACCUCACACACAUAGUUAUGGGCUUAAAAACACACACCUCACACACAUGGUUAUGGACUUAAAAAAAGAAGACAUCUUUACCAUGUCAGAUACAGACUUAAAAUGUAUUCCAUUUUGAGUUUGCUUCCCAGUAUUACACUUUAUAUACAUAACAGAGGACUGAAAUAUAACAAAACUGUUUGACAUAGAAACAAUGGAUUUAAAAAAAUUAAUAAAUUGGAGAUUCCGCCCAUCAGUCCAAUUUCCCGGUUGUCGUAGGAAGGGGAAGCGGACCAAAGUGCAGCGUGUGUGUCGUUCCACAUUGUAUUUACACUGUGAAACUAUGCAAUACAUAAACAUAAACUAAAGAAUAAAACAACAAACCGUGACGCAGAGGUGAAACAUUACUCAAAAACAAUCUCCCACAAACCCAGGUAGGAAAAAACCCUACUUAAGUAUGAUCUCCAAUUAGAGACAACGAGGACCAGCUGCCUCUAAUUGGAGAUCAUCCCAAACAAAACCCAACAUAGAAAUACAUAACUAGAACAUGACAACAUAGAAAAACUAAACUAGAAAAAAAACCUGUCAUGCUCUGACCAACUCUACCAUAGAAAAUAACAUCAGGUGCCUAUGGUCAGGACGUGACAUCCAAAUAAGGAACUUUUGUUAGUUGACUGCAGGAAAGGGCUACUUGACAAAAUCUCUGAUUAUUAUUUU